AUGUUUUCUAAAUAAAUUCAAUAUACCCAGUCUUAAAAGACUAGUGAUUCCGGCUUAUCUACUCAGUAGUUUAACCAGAGGGCUUUUCGAUAUGAAAAUUAAUCAUCAGUUAAAGCGCCGUGGUAGAAACUUAAGUCAAAUGAAACUGACAAUGAUCAAAUAUCAAGACGUGAUAGAGCUGUUAAAUCAGUAACUGUCUUAUAAGAAAUAUUUAAUUGCAACAAUCAAACGAAACUGAUAAAAUUGGUUAGUUCAUUUCUACAGUCAGAACAGCAAUUAACUUAAAUUAGUGAACAAUUGGACAAGCAGCAAAUAGUUUCACUCUUCUUGAAAAUUCAUCAGAUGCAAAGUCCAUAACUUGUGUAGUUUUUACAUUUACUAUAUGAUUCUCUUUUUUCCUUAGACUCAUCAAUUAGUUCUAAGAUUUACACCCAUCAAGAUGUUCUUAAAUACAUCCUCCUGUCAAACUACGAAUCAAUCCAAGGACAAGCAGGUCAGCUGACCAGAAUACUUGAAAUUUUAUCCGAGAUGUAGAUCCUCAAUCCAGAUUUCCUUGCAUUCGAGGAGGAAUUUCAAGUUGAUCUGGAAGAUGUAAAAAAGCAAUACAUAACUAUAUAGAUUUCUAAUUCAUUCAACCAAGUGUAACUGCGAAUCCUAUUUUUGGUAAGUUCGAUUGAUAUACUAAGAGCUUUGAAAGGUUCAGUAGCCUUGUUUGAACGAUUAGAAUAGUUUGUGUUUUCAUAGAUCAAGAACAGUCAGUUGCAAAGCAUUGGUGAUAUGCAGACUCUUGUGAUCGCCUACAUUCUCCUAAGUGAACAGUUGGAUAUAGCAAAUAAACUGGGCUAUUCAAAGUAAGCCAUAGAGACCAUAGGAAAGUCUUAAGAUUAUUCGAUCUACGAAUUAAAAAGAAGAUUUAUUAAUAAUGCAAUGAAGUUAUCAUAAAAAUAUCUGGGUCCCGAAGUCUACGAUCAAAUUUCUAGUAUGAACAGAUCAUUUAGUCCUGGAUUCAAUAGAUAAUCAAUGCCUCAUUUCAAUCAAUAAGAAAACAUAUCCUAUUAGUUUCUACUUAAUAAUUUGAAAAUGAAUUAUGUUCUAAACAACGAUGAAAACUUUUAGAUUGAUUCUAAAUGCAAUAAUUUAUUGACUAGUCCCCUUAUCUAUUAAUUGUUGGACAAACUAGUGCCAUAACUAGCCAAGAAAGAGAAAGUGAAUUCAAUGUUUACUGAGUAAAGUCAAGUGGAAAAGAAGAGUUAGCCAAUUAUUGUAAAGAAACAAUUCUCCAUUAAAUAAUUGAAGCAAGAGAAUGUUUCCUAAUCUCAAACUCAAAAUUAAGUGUCCACUCCUUCUUAGAAAUAGAUGUCUUAAACCUAAGGAUUUCAAUCUACUCAAAUUAAAUAAUAACCCAAUAUCAGUAAACCAGGUUUGGAUUCCAAUGAAUUCGAAAUCCUAUAAAAUAAAUUAGGUCGUCAAUAACAAGAAUUGGAAGAAUUAAAAUAAUUGUAUACUACUAAUAUGGCUUUAAAAAAAAAUGAACUCAAUUAAACUAAUCAAUAAAAUUAACAAAAUGAUUCAUUAAAGAAAAAAAUAGAACUCUUGGAGAACAAUUUAGUGUCACUGAAGAAUGAGAAUACUACUUACAAGAAGGAAAAAGAUCAAAAGUAAAGUGAAGUCAAUGAAUUAAGAUCUUUCAUCUAAGAUUUGCAAGAGAAACAAUUGAAACUAGAAAAAUUAGUCCAAUAAUAAUAAUAACAAUAUCAAUAACAAUAACAAUAAUAAUUAUUGUAAUUACAACUACAAUAGCAAUAGUAAUAGGCUUCCCCAUAAUAAUUACCCAAUCCGAAUCCUGCCUAAUAAUAUUUGAAAACACAAUAGAGCAGUUAUUCAACAAAAGCCAAUACUCAAACGCAAAUGAAUAUUUAAAUUCCCAAUAACAACGAUGAUAAAAACAGACUCUUUGUGAGAGCCUAAAGUUAAAUGAGUCAUUCUCCUGGAGAGGAAUUUAAAAAUGAAAUGGAUGAUACUAGUCCUAGAAUUAUUAAACAGAAUUAAGCCUAUUUGCUCUAAUUAUUAGACAUGCUAGAUUUGAAUACAUCUUUCACCAAGACUUAUACCAAAUUUCAUUCAAAUAAUGAAAACAAUUCUUGGGAAAGUGAUGUAUCAAUAGUCCACAACUUCAAACUUGAAGGUUUAAUAACUGAUUCAAAUGAAGGGAAAGUGCUGAUGCUUAAGGCUUAUAAUCAAUAAAAUGUUUUGUGUUCAGAAUCAAUAUCAUUUGAUCUCUUGAAAAGUCUUCUUGGCUAUGUGGAUUUCCAGGACACUCUGCCAACUAAUCUCCCAAACAUUAGUACAACUCAUUAGUUCUUCAAAUUUCUAAUAUUGCCUUACACUGCAAUUGUUCAUGAUGAGAAUACUUAGCAAUAUAAGAUUUAGUUGUGGCCCAAACCUUACGGAUUAUUGAAUGGCUUAAACUUAAAGAUAGAUUUCUUAGAUCUCAGUUGUUUAGUGUAUAUUCAUCAUUUGGAAACUGAUUAAUUUAGAAUUAUAAUAUUCGAUCCUGCAAGUUAUGAUUGUUUCAAAUUGGAUUUAGAAAUGGAUUAUUCUUCAAUUGAUACAUUCUUUGUGGAUGCCAAAUCUAUUAAGGAUGAAUUCAAUUAUUAUUGUAAGAGCAAUCUAUUGAAGUUGACUGAGAAAACUCCUAAAUUUGGAGAUGAUGAUGUGGCUGAGGCUUUAGUGGAGAGACAUUUUUCAAAGGACAAAGUAAAGGCAGUCUAAGCAGAAAUAAAAUAAAAUUAAUCUUAUGGUCAAGAAAAUCUAGUAUUAAAACAACCAGUUGAAUUUCUGAAAUUCAUCAAAUCAAUUGUUUAAGUCUUUGAACAAUAACUUAAAUCACAAUAAAUUACUUUUCCUAAUUGUUUACUUGGCAUGAAGUAUUUCAGAUGCAAGACUUGGAAUGCUGGCACUAAAAGUUAAAUACAAAUUGUCAAAGAACAAUUAGAUCAAUAAUAAAUUUCCAUUUAUUUGGCUAAUUGUUUUGAAUCUUUUGGUCCAAAAAAAUCUAAAAUUAAAGCCAAAGGAAGCACUCACAUAAAUUUCUCAGCGAUUCAAAGGGAGUUUGCUGUCUCUUAUGAUAAACUACAGAUCGAGGAAAGGGCGACCAUCUUAUAGACUAUUUUAUAUUCAUUCAACCUGAAUAUUUUUGAAAAAGUCUGUGAAUAGGAUGAAUAACAAUUUGAUAAGAAUCCCAUCAUAUAAAGUAUUUAUGAUUGUGGCUCUUAUCGAAGAGUUAUUGCCUUUGAUAAUGGCAAAAUCGCUUAGGUGACGAUCUAAGUUAUUGGAUCAAACAGAAGAAUGUGUGGUAUCAGAUUUUCAGUUUUUAAUGUUGAUGAAACCAUCGAGAAUGGAGUGUUCCUACCAGUUUCAUAAAGUGAAUGGGAUACUAGAGCGAUGGAAAAAUAAAAGAUUAAAGCCUCUGUUCAAAAUGUUCCAUUUGCAGAAUAUUUGUUAACUUAAAUUCUAAAAUGUCCAACAACGUAGACUAUUUUGUUUAAGAAGAUUUUGAAUGCUGAUUUCAAGUCAAAUUAAAUUAAUAGUAAUGAAAUCAAGAAGAGAAAGACCUUUAUUGAAAGGGUAGAUAAUCUAUUAACUUGGCAAGAAGUCAUUGCACAUUUAUGA